GGCUGUGUAUAUACAUAUACAGAGAGAGAGAGAAGGAAAAAGAAAAAAACUGAAAAACAGAGGAGAAGAAUGUCGGAAGUGAAAGACCAUGCGAUCAAGUUGUUUGGCAAGACGAUUCCAUUGCUUCUCAACGAGCAAGUCUCAGUUGUUACAACACCUCUAAAAACAACAAAAACCCACGUUGAUUCUGAUGAACAUCAUGAUGAUAACCAUCAACAACACCACUCUACCUCCCAUCAAAAUCUUCUUUCUUCAGCCUCUUGUUCGACGCAAAGUCAAAACAGAGUUGAAGAUGUGCAAGAAAACAACCAGAAACCUUCGCAAAUUGAAGUCACCGAGACUAGACAGGAAGAUCCAGCAGCAACAUCAUGUGAAAACCCGAAAACACCAUCUGUCGAAAAAGAGCAUAGUUCAUCCAUAGUUUCCAAGAACGACGAACAGAGCGAGACUAGCAAUAACUCACAAGAAAAAACACUGAAAAAGCCUGACAAAAUACUUCCAUGUCCCCGCUGCAAUAGCAUGGACACCAAGUUCUGCUACUUCAACAAUUACAACGUCAAUCAGCCCCGCCAUUUCUGCAAAAAAUGUCAGCGGUACUGGACAGCCGGUGGAACCAUGAGGAAUGUUCCAGUAGGUUCUGGUCGUCGCAAAAACAAAAACGCUUCCGCUUCACAUUAUCGUCAUAUCUUGGCUGCUCAAGCAGAUGUUGCUAAUGGAACUGUCCUUAAUUUUGGCUCGGACUCACCACUUUGUGAAUCCAUGGAUUCUGCAUUGACCCUAGCUGAGAAAUCACAGAAGAUUUCUGUUUCGUGUGGAGGAAGAGAAUAUGGGGAUGAGCGGUCAAGUAGGUCUUCAAUUACAGGUUCAGAUUCAGCAGAAAGGGGAGGGAAUUCGAUUUUGCAAGAAUCGGUUACGACCAAUUUUCAGAACUUGAAUCCUCAAGUACCGUGCUUCUCGGGUCCUCCUUGGCCUUGUCAAUGGAACUCACCCCAAUGGAGGACUCCAAUGCCUCAGCCGGCUUUUGGCCCUUCUGGCUUUCCAAUUGCAGUUUACCCAGCACCACCUUAUUGGGGUUGUGCUUUACCUGGAUCUUGGAAUUUUCCAUGGAUUUCGCCUGACCCUGCUACAUGCUCAAGUCCUAAUUCUCCAAUCCUGGGGAAGCAUUCCAGGGAUUGGGAUGUUCUUAAACCAUCAAGCUCGGAGAAAGAAGAGGCCUUGAAAGAAAACAAUUUGGAGAGAUGUGUUUGGAUUCCAAAGACAUUGAGGAUCGAUGAUCCAAGUCAAGCAGCAAAAAGCUCUAUAUGGUCAACACUCGGGAUUAAGAAUGAAAAGAAGGAUUCAAUCAACACGGGAGGUCUGUUUAAGGCAUUCCAAUCAAAAGGAGAUGAGAAAAAACACAUAGACGAAACAUCUUUGGUGUUGCAAGCCAACCCUGCAGCCUUGUCAAGGUCACUCAACUUCCAAGAGAGUGGCUAAUUGAAUAGUGAAAUGUCACCAUCAAUUUUGCUUCUUGCAUAUUCUCAAAGCAGAAAAUGCAUUGCAGCUUUGUUGGCCGGAAGACUGUGUUGAUUACUGACCUCAAAGGCAGGACCUAUUGGCGAAGCAGUAACGAUCUGUGGUGAUUAACCUAAUCAGUGCAUGAUUUCUCUUUUUUUCUGUGACAGUUAGAAUGUUUUUGUUUUGCAGUAAACUCGUAUGUUUUGGGACCAAGUGUUCUUGUACAUAAUAUAUACAAUUGAGGUAGAAAAAAAAGAGAGAUUCUUGAAUGUACGAAUACGAAUGUGAUUUGGUAUAAAUAUCUGUUGGUCUGAAUCAGGAAUUUCUUGAA